AUGAGCACCCCGCAGCCGACGUGGAAGCGCAUCGCCCUGUUUGUCUUGCACCAAUGGCUCAUCAUAGGCAUCGGAGUCGCCUGCCUGCUGGGGUACUUUUUUCCCAACGUCGCAAAACACGGCGGUAUAAUUCGGUCAGAAUACAGCAUUCUCUAUGGCGCUGUCGCGGUUGUCUUCUUAAUUUCGGGCCUCAGUAUCCCGCAGGACAAGCUCCUUCGGCAGCUCUUCAACUGGCGCCUUCACGUCCUCGUCCAGGUCACCUCGUUCCUGUUUAUCCCUGCACUUGUCCUCGCUGUUGUGCAUGCUAUUCUUGCUGGCGACAAAGCGGGCCGUGUCGACCGUGGUGUGCUGGCAGGGUACAUUUUCACCGCUUGUAUUCCGACGACGAUUGCCUCGAAUGUGGUCAUGACCAGGUCGGCGGGAGGGGACGAUGCCGCUGCGUUAGCGGAGGUUCUUAUCGCUAAUAUCCUGGGUCCGUUUGUGACGGCAGGAUGGACGGUGACGCUCCUACCAGCUUCGGAGGAGUUCGAUGUCUGGAGAGACCAGAAUGAGGACCUUACGGCAAUGUAUCGGGAUGUUUUCAAGCAGUUAGGUCUGGCCGUGUUGCUGCCUUUGGCUGUCGGGCAGGUGAUAAGGUUUCUGUGGCCUAAAAAGACGGGGCAUAUCAUCCAGAAAUAUAGAAUCGCGAAGCUUGGGUCAUUUUGCCUGCUGCUUAUGAUCUGGUCAACGUUUUCCUCGUGCUUCGCAACUGGGGCACUUCAGGGCCUGUCGACCGAAAGUAUCAUCUUUGUCGUGCUAUUCAAUAUUGCCUUGUACAUGUUCCUGACAGCGGUGUGCUUUUCCAUAUCUCGUCCGCCCCAGUCUCUAUGCUCUCGAACGACGUUUGGGGGUUGGCAGAUCCUGAGGCAGAUGCCCGCCGAAGAGACAAUCGCCGUGUGCUUUUGCGGUCCUGCGAAAAGUACAGCUUUGGGCAUCCCUCUGCUGUACGCGAUGUGGACGCCCGUCGACUUGUACAUCAAAGCGAAGACGUCUGUGCCUGUUUUACUGUACACGACUGAGCAGUUGUUCGUAGCUCACUUCUUCGUUCAUGCGUUCAAGUGGUGGAAGCGAAGAAUUGAGAGGCGUCGUGAGUGGGAGGAAAGUGCAGAAAGUGGAGGGGCUGAGCCGCCAUCUGCUUCCCUAUCAGAGGUGACAGAGGAGGUAAAAGCUGCAGAGUUUGGCCAACCCAAGCCGCGAGGGCUUCCUGCUACUCAAUGCGUUGACACGUGA